GGCGGCCACUUAGUUCUCACGAAGACAGUGUGAGACAGAAGCCUUACACACACAAUACUAGUAUGAUCCUUUAUUUGUCCAUGGCGGUGUCGCUGUGGGAAAAAAUAAUACAAUUCUCUCCUUCAACGUGACCAAAACCCUCAUAGGUCCUGUGGUCCCGAACGAAGGAUGUCUCAAAUGUUCUAGUGUUACAAGAUUAGAUAGAUACAGUAUUGGGUUUCCCCGCGUCGCGCAGAAGACAGGAUACAAAAAACGUGUUCAUCAUUUGCUGCAAGUGACACUCCAGAAACAGAGAAGCUUAUAAUCUGGUAUAUUACUGCAGACGUUUUGGCUGUACGAUAAGAGACGUGAAACUCCCCCGUGAUGCCAUUGUAAAACUGGUAUUAGCUUCCCUGAGGUACAUCAGCGACAGAGUACAUCAAGAAAUUUGCAAAUCAUUGAGGACUCUAAACGCUCACAAGUACGAUACAUAACUAGAGAGAGAAACCAUGGCACAAAUCACAGUACCCAAGGCGCCGACAGUGGAAAUUAAAACCUUCUCUGACCACAUCAAGUUACUGUGGUCGAUGGAUGAACAGAAUCAGUACGGUAUAGAGAUGUACGUUAUUGACGUCAUCAAGCAUAACGGAGAGACAGAGAAGAGGUUUGAGUGUAAUGUGAAGGACGGAGCGCACUAUUGUCAGCUGGCGGGACUAUCAUCAGCAUCAAAUUAUCAAUUGAUGGUGCAGGCCUGUAACAAGGCGGGUUGUGGCGCCUCUUCUAUCUUCAGCGUCGCCACCACCGCCUCCUCUGGUGUCUUUCCGACCGUCAUCAUCGUUCUCUUCGUCUUGCUUCUCCUCUUCACCUGUUGUAUAGCUAAUUAUGACAUAAUAAAGGAGUUCAUCAGACCACUGACCAAGAGGCUGACCAACAAUCAUUUCCACCAGAGUAACUCCAUGGAAGAGAGACGAGAGCGUGAAAGCUUACAAGAGGUCCUGGAUAUACUGGAAAAUUCAAUGGAGACCACUCGACCUUCCAACAGCGUCUACCACACUACACCCUCGACCUCGCUGGCCCUUGAUGAAUUCCCGAGGUCUGGAGAGCAGGACUCACGAGAACCUCCCCCUUCAGGUACCUCGGCUCCUGCUGCUGCUAAGUGUGGCAGACCUCUAUCCUACGAUACCAUUGUCCUACAGGCUGAAGUCCACAGGGAAAAUCAAAUGGCUUCUUUUCUCCAGUAUGAUGAGAAACAAAUGGCUUCUUCUCCCCAGUAUGAGAAACAAAUGGCUUCUUCUCCCCAGUAUGAGAAACAAAUGGCUUCUUCUCCCCAGUAUGAGAAACAAAUGGCUUCUUCUCCCCAGUAUGAGAAACAAAUGGCUUCUUCUCCCCAGUAUGAGAAAACAAAUGGCUUCUUCUCCCCAGUAUGAUGAGAAACAAAUGGCUUCUCCCCAGUAUGAGAAACAAAUGGCUUCUCCCCAGUAUGAGAAACAAAUGGCUUCUCCCCAGUAUGAGAAACAAAUGGCUUCUCCCCAGUAUGAGAAAAUGGAUUCUUCUCCCCAGUAUGAGAAACAAAUGGAUUCUUCUCCCCAGUAUGAGAAACAAAUGGCUUCUCCCCAGUAUGAGAAACAAAUGGAUUCUCCCCAGUAUGAGAAACAAAUGGCUUCUCCCCAGUAUGAGAAACAAAUGGCUUCUCCCCAGUAUGAGAAAAUGGAUUCUCCCCAGUAUGAGAAACAAAUGGAUUCUUCUCCCCAGUAUGACGAGAAACAAAUGGCUUCUUCUCCCCAGUAUGAGAAACAAAUGGCUCUUUCUCAGUGUUACAAUGAGCCGAUAAUCUCUCUCUUUUAUGACGAUAAACAGAUAGCGGACGCCCUUCAUAGCAAGCAACCGAGGACAGGGUUCGAUAAUCCUAGCUUUAGUGAACACCUCUGAGGGUCACCUGAAGAUUAGACACCCUAGUUAGCUUAUGUCACCUGGAGAUUAACCACCCUAACGUUACCUGGGGGUGGGGAAGUGGACUUAGGUUAGCAUUAACAUGUUUAAUCAUAAGGUGAAGUAAUUUGGGGUGCCUGAUAAAUACUUUCUGUUUCAUUAAUUUUCUUUUUUUUCAUUUAUUUUCACAGUAAACACAGAAUUUUCACCUUCCUUAAUGUAUAUAAUGAAUUAAGCCUCCCAACAGUGUAACGAGAUCUCACCUACGUACAGUACUGUAGUACAUAAUGGAGUAGAAAUUGUACUGAACUGCUAUAUGUACAGUCACGAAAAAAAUCUCUACUAGGGUGAUCGAUAAAUUUCAGAAUGAAUACUGCGGUUCCUGUUGUCUCGGUAGGGUUGUCAAAAUCCUUCGUCCGUUGUGUCAUAUUGUCUCAACGAAAUUUUGUAUAGAUAGUUUUUGUUUGAGUAACUGUACACAUUCCAUUUUUGUAUUUUAUGCCAUAAAGAUUAAAUUUAAUUAUAU